CGAAAUAUGAAAAAUUAAGGCGGCGACUCACCUGAAGUCUGUUCCCGCCACGGCUCCACCGUCAAAAUUGAUACACAGAAAGACGCAUAGAAGCGGAUUUACACCUGCUACCGGCCGAAACUCACCUCUUUUUGAGAUUAUUCUAUUCGGAAUUCUCGCCAAUUCCGGAAGGCGUACGAAAAAAUCUUCCAUGAAGUCCAACAAACAACGAAAGAGAAAAACUGUUGAUGUUAGCAGAAAACAAGACGAAUACAUGGGUGUGUCCGUGAAGAAGUCUGCAAAUGGGGCUAGCAGGGUGUCUCAGAAAGCUACAGAAAGUAUGGGGAUGCCUCAUUUGGAGCCUCAAAUUCAACUGCAGAUUCCCACUGUAAAGGUCAAGCUGCAGCUAUUCCCGAUAAAUGAAGAAACCCGCAUGAAAUUGGAGAAGGAUGGCCACAACCCAUUUCUGGAACUAACUCUAAGUGCUCGGAAGAGGAUAUCAUCAGUGGUCAGACACCUGAAUACUAAAUGGGGCAAUUCAAGUGUAGCCAAAGGACAACUGAUGGUUUUCCCUUACGGUACAAAAUUGGAACAAGUAGCUUCAUGCAAAAGAUGGACUUUGAAUGAUUCUUCUACUACUGUUGGGGAGGUGUAUGCUGAUGUGGGAAGUCCUUCCAUUUUUCGUCUAAGGUAUGGCUGGUGCUCCAAUUUUCUGCAGCCGAUGUUUGGCACGCCUCCUGAAACUUGUCUUCCCGAGGGUCAUAGAGAGGAAAAACAUGACGAAUAUAGAGAAGAUUUUGAAAAUCAGACCAAUGUGAAUGAUGCUUUGCAUACAGCUGUGACUGAGCAGAAAAUUUUAGACGUGCCUGCUGACUUGGUGGUACACCCAUCCAUCCCUUGGGAUGAUAAUUUGACCAACUUGAGUAUCGGAGGCCUCCUAUCCGAAAUAUCAAUGCAGGGUAAACUUAAUAAAUCAGAUCCCAAUUCGGUUACCAAGCCUGUCAUGCAGCCAGUAGGACUAAUAUCUGACAUCAGCAUAGGCGAUCUGCUUUCUGAAGCAUCUCUGUUGGGUAAGAUGUGCAAUCCUGGCACGAGACCAGAAAACGAGUCAUCCUUGCAGCCCAUAUUCCUGGUGGCCAGCGAUUUAAGCAUCGGGGGCUUAUUGUCUGAAGCAUCUCUACUUUCGAACAAGAAUAACUCGGAUGCACAGAAAAUUGAGGCACGCCAAGCACAAAUCCAGUCUCCGUGGUUUGAUGAGUUAACUGCCUUGAGCAUUGGAGGCCUGUUGUCCGAGGUGUCCUUGCAGGCCAAGGCAGGAGGUGGUGGCACCGAGUUAAAGGAUGCUAAAUCUGGCUUGCUGCCUAAUACACUUUUAUCUGGUUCAUCUGAUUCUCUUAUUUUCUCCCAGUUAAACGGGAGUUCGAAAUGGACAAAACCUUCAUCUUCUCAUGAGCCAAAUCAUCUGUCUAUCUUGGAUGCUGAAGAGACAUGUCAUGCUUUUCCCGUCCCGAAGCUUCAAAAAGGCAUAGAUAAAGAAACUUCUGUUGCAAGAGUUGGCUCUAGUGGGUGUAGCAAGGAGACAAGCUCGAAUCAGGUUCUAUUUCCUAUGGCUGCUAAUAAAAAUGAGACUGCUUUUCCGAAAAAUUUUUCUUGUCAAGAACUCAAGACAAGCCCUUCGCCUCAUUCUCUGGGUGCCUUUAAUGAGGAACAAAUCAAUAAUCAAUCCCUAGGAUAAGCUUUUGGACCCUUUGAUACUUGAUCUGGGUGGGAGACAUUUUUAACACAAGAACACGUGAAAAAACGAUGUUUUCGAGCGAUAAUGACACAAGUAAAGAGGUAAAUCUUGACAUGUGGAAAUUUGGAAUCUCACGAAGUGGGAGAGUAGAAAUUGGAGUGGGUGAAAUUAGUCGAUUUUCGAUGCAGCAGUGGUUACCAAACUGUCCCUGGUAGCAUUUUGAUCAACAAUCUCGGGCAAGAUCCAAUCUCAAAUAGCAUAUGAGAGCUUCAAAAUUGGAUUCUUAUUUUAGAGGGCCAAACAUUUUUCUUUUACUAUCCAAAUUGUUUACCCGGAAUAGAAACUUGGUCUGUUUUGGGAUAUAUAUGUUCUUCAGGGUAUCAUUACUUGUUAGUUUAUAGAUCCUUUGGCUAUACGAAUUUCUAUCAUAUGAGCAUUAGUGAUUGCAUUUCAAGUUUUUGUUUUUUUAA